AAUGUUAGAGACUGAUCAGUUCAGCAGAACAACCACUGCAACAUGCUCUCCGUCUCCCUGUCUCUCCUCCCAGAUUUCAUUGUAAACUAAAAAAAAAUCUAUAAUAAUAUACAAUAAUAUUCGGUAAAAUUCGGAUCGAGACAGGUAGACAAAUACCAUCACCGAACCCUAGAUCCAUCCACGGAAAUGGGGGAAAAGAAAGCAGGUGCCACGCAGAAUGAGAUGGUGCUCCAAUCAGUUGUAACGCUGCUAUUGAUACUGGUCGCCUGCGUCGAGCUCUGCGAUGCGGCCACCGUUGUAGACGUCUACCGCUUGAUUCAGUACGAUAUGUCCGGAGUCCCAUUCGGAUCUCGUUUAGCUAGUCUCAACCACCACGCCACUUCCUUGCACUUCCCUCCCGGCGCCGAUCUCUCUCGGACCGUCCUCAUCAUCCCCCUUCGCGACCUCAACAUCACCUUCCUCAAAGAUUAUAUUUCUGAAAGGCAGUCUCUUGGGGGAUUGUUGUUUUUGCUUCCCCAAAUUUUAAGUUUUGAAAAUGGAGAGGGAAGAGCUCAAGAUAAUCAAAUUCAGGGAAAAGAGCAGAUGAAAAAUUUAUUAGCAGACCUUGAGCAGUUACUUGUUCAUCUCAAGAUACCUUAUCCUGUGUAUUUUGCUUUUGAGAAUGAUGAGAUGGAUGCUGUGUUGGCUGAGGUAAAAAAGAAUGAUGCCACUGGUCAGCCUGCUACUGCAACUACUGGCGGAUAUAAGCUUGUUGUUUCUGUUCCAGAACCUAGGAAAGUUGCAUCUCCAACAAUUACAAACAUCCAGGGAUGGUUGCCAGGACUGAAAGCUGAUGGUGAUUCGAAUCAACUUCCAACAAUUGCUGUAGUAGCAUCUUAUGAUACAUUUGGAGCUGCUCCUGCAUUAUCAGUAGGAAGUGAUAGCAAUGGAAGUGGAGUUGUGGCACUUCUUGAACUAGCUAGGUUAUUCUCUCUUCUUUACUCUAAUCCUAAAACGAGAGGAAGGUACAAUUUACUCUUUGGGCUGACAUCUGGUGGACCAUAUAACUACAAUGGAACCCAUAAGUGGCUUCGGAGCUUUGAUCAGCGGUUGCGUGAGAAUAUUGACUAUGCCAUUUGCUUAAAUAGUAUUGGUUCUUGGGACAAUGAAUUAUGGAUCCAUGUGUCUAAGCCACCAGAAAAUGCUUACAUAAAGCAAAUAUUUGAGGGUUUCUCUAAUGUAGCAGAAGAGCUGGGCUUCCAUAUGGGUCUGAAGCACAAGAAGAUAAAUGUCUCUAAUCCUCGAGUAGCUUGGGAGCAUGAACAGUUUUCAAGGCUGAGAGUAACUGCUGCCACUCUUUCUGCGCUUUCUGCUCCACCUGAGCUGUUAGAGAGAACUGGAGGUUUGUCUGAUAGCAGCUUGAUCUGCUGCAGACAUUUUGUGAAUGAAACUGCAAUUAUCAGAAGUGUUAAAUUAGUAGCUGAGAGUCUUGCGAGGCAUAUUUAUGGUCAUAAGGGAAAAGGCAUUCAAAUCUUUUCUGAUGACAGCAGCUUAGCAGUAAACCCUUCUUACAUAAGGUCAUGGUUGGAUCUGUUGUCACGAACUCCUCGAGUGGCACCUUUUCUUCCUAAGAAUGACCCCUUCAUCACUGCAUUGAAAAAGGAAUUAGCAGAUCAUACUGCUGAGGUGAAUGUGCAACAUGAUGUAUUUGAAGGGAUGUUCACUUUCUAUGAUUCAACAAAGGCUAGCCUUAACAUAUAUCAGGUUGCUAGUGUAACAUUCGACUUACUGUUGCUUUUAGUUUUGGGAUCGUAUUUGAUAGUGCUCUUCAGUUUUCUUGUCAUCACAACUAGGGGCCUUGAUGAUCUAAUCAGUAUUUUUCGACGACCUCCCUCACGGAAGGUAAAAACCGCGUGAUGGCUGAGCGAAUUCCAUCUUUUAGAAUUUGGUACUGAAAUUUUCUAGUGUAGCCUGGAUGGAGAUAUGCUUGGGCUUAUUGGUUAUUUCUACGAAAGUUGUUGAUUUGACGAGGAAAUACUCUUUUUGUAAGUCCUUGGAAUAGUCUACAAGUUUUUAUGCCAAAACGGCGAUAAAUGGUCAGAAAAUUUUUGUCUAGAUUCAAUUUUUUAUCCAGACACUCGUAGAUUUUAGAUUCUUGCUGAGUAUAGUGUGUUGGUGUUUGUUGUCA